UUCCGGUUUGCUUUUCGAUUUGACGGAUGGUCAUUUCCGGCCAUGCCGGCGCGGCUGUGGGCAGGCCGGUUGUCCCGGGUUACCGCCCGCCGGACGGCGAUUUGACAGUUUUUAACCUUGCGAUGGGAUUUCUCCCCCUCAUCUUCUACCCUUCCUCCCCAAAUACCCGACCAUCUCUUUGAUUAGUUUUAUUGGUACAGUUUGAUCGUUUGCAUUUUGUUAAACCCCGCUUAGUCGCUGUUUUAGUGAUGGUUUGUUUGCGCGGCGGAUGGUGGAAGCUGACGUUGUCAAGGCGACAAGAUUCAACUUCCGCUGGUGCUGCAGCAAAGAAAUUAGAUGAUCAGUUAGAUUCACUUUCUUCACUUUUACUGUUAAAGAAUUAGAUCCAGUGUCUUUAUUUUUACUGUUAGAAUUAGAUCGACUACUCUCUUCGCAUUUACUGUUUAGAGUUAGAUUCCCUCUCCACUUUUAUUGUUAGAGUUAAAAUUAGAUUCUCGUUAUUCUUACAAUUAGAAUUAGAUUCACUCUCUUCGCUCUCACUGUUAAGAGAGUUAGGUUCACGCUGCUCACUCUCCCUGCUUAAUAGAGUUAGAAAUAGAUACAUUCUCUCCACCUCUUCCUGUUAAAGAUUUACUGUUAGACCCACCAUCUCCAUUCUCACUGUGAGAAUUAGAGUUAGAUUUAUUUUCUUCACUCCUUGUUAGAGUUAGAUUCUUCACUCUUACAUCGGCCUGACGUCGAGAUGCCACUGAAAACUAAAACACGAUCGGUUACUGCCCCGCCUCCAGUACCAUCUGCUAAAGCUGCAUCAAAGAAGUCCAAGAAGGAUGAUGACGAUGGAACUGAAAUGGGAGAUGGAGAUGACUGGAAUUUGGGGAAGUCACUCAUCAAACCUCCUGAUCAGCUGGAUCUUACUGAACAAGAAUUAAAAGAAGAAAUUACUCGUGUUCUUACAGCUGAUAACCCCCACGCUCCUGAAAAUAUUGUGAGAUUCAGCUUUAAAGAAAGGGCUUAUAAGCAAGUCCCAGUGAUCAGCCAGAUGGCCAUUCAUUUUGCACGUGAUGGAAACCUACUGCACAAAGAUUCAGAUGAAGCAAAACGUCAGCAAUCUAGAGGGAAACUUUCUGAAGAGAGUGAUGCUGAAGAUAUUAGUGCACCUCUUCCAUCUGAAAGUGCAGAGAAAAUGGAUACAGAAGAGGAAGAACUCCCUGAUGCAAAGGGAGCUGAAGAAGAAGAAGAGAAGGAAGUAAUAAGACCACGACAGGAACGGAAGAUUCCCAAUCAGUUCAACUUCAGUGAAAGAGCUUCUCAGACUUUCAACAAUCCUAUGAGGGAAAAUGGAUGCCAGACAGAACCACCUCCCAGAGCAAGUUUCUCUUCUACAGCGAAUCAGUGGGAAAUAUUUGAUGCCUAUGAGGAAGUAUUAGCAAAACAAGCAAUGAAGAAAGAGAAGCAAAAGCCACAUACUGUGAAAAAAGAUGAAGUAUCAAAGAAAAAAAUUUCAGCUGUUGAAAGCAUGAGUGAUGAUAUUUCAAGAGUUAGUAAAGUUGCCAAAAUAGUGGAACGGAUGGUGAACCAGAACUCUUUUGAUGACAUUUUACAAGAUUUUAAGUAUUUUGAAGAUCCUUCUGAUGAAUUCCGGGAUCAAGAAGGCACUGUUCUACCUCUGUGGAAAUAUUUUUAUGAGAAAGCUAAAAGAUUGGCAAUUACUAGCAUGUGUUGGAAUCCAAAAUACCAUGAUCUUUUUGCAGUUGGACAUGGCUCCUAUGAUUUUAUGAAACAGAACCGUGGCAUGCUUCUCGUAUUCUCACUGAAAAAUCCUACCCACCCUGAAUACCAAUAUAGUUCAGACAGCAGUGUCUUAUGCCUGGAUUUCCACAAUAUGUAUCCUCAUCUGAUAGCUGUUGGCUUUUAUGAUGGUUGUGUUGCUGUCUAUAAUAUCAUGGAAAAUGCUACAGGGCCUACUUACAAGAGUUCACCUAAAUCGGGCAAGCACACUGAUCCUGUUUGGCAGGUAAAAUGGCAAAAAGAUGACUUGGACAAUAAUAUCAACUUCUGUUCCGUCUCUUCAGAUGGACGGGUUGUUUCUUGGGCUUUAAUUAAGGAUGAAAUUGUUUAUACAGAUAUUAUCAAACUUACAAUGGAUGGGAUUUGCAAGGAUGCACUGGAAAAUUUGCAAUUGCAAAUUAUGGGAUGUGGAACUUCCUUUGACUUCCAUAAACAGAAGGACAAUUUGUUUCUAGUAGGCACAGAAGAAGGAAAAAUACACAAGUGCUCCAAGGCUUAUUCAAGUGAGUUUUUGGAUACUUAUGAAGCCCAUCAUAUGGCAGUGGAUGCCUUACACUGGAAUACAUUCCAUCCAGAAAUUUUCAUUUCGUGUAGUUCUGAUUGGACAGUGAAGAUUUGGGAUCACAAUUUAAAGAACCCAAUGUUCACGUUUGAUCUUAAUGCACCAGUCGGUGAUGUUACUUGGUCACCGUACUCUUCAACUGUGUUUGCUGCCGUUACAACAAAUGGAAAGGUUCACGUUUUUGAUUUGAAUGUUAAUAAAUAUGAACCGAUCUGCGAGCAAACUAUUGUGAACAAGAAACGAAAUAAACUCACACAUAUUGCAUUCAAUCCAACCUACCCUAUUAUAAUGGUAGGAGAUGAACGUGGUGGUGUAUCAAUCUUAAAACUCUCUCCAAACCUUCGCAAACAACCUAAGGCAAAAAAAGGUCAAGAAGUACAAAAAGGGCCUGAAGUGGAAAUCGCUAAAAUGGACAAGCUACUGAGCCUAGUUAGAGACCCGGACAUGAAACAGAACUAAUUUUACUCCAUCAAAAUGUCCAAAUGUAUCAGUACUCAUUUGGAUCAUACAGAUGCACAUGUACGUCUCUGCCAGCCACAUUCAAAAAUGAGGAACUGGCUAACCUUUAUGGAAUCAUAUUUAAAAACACAUUGUAAUAUCCUCAUAGAACACAAUGGUUUCAAAUUCACAUUUUCAGCAAAACCCAUAAACAUAACACAAUUAUAAGUUUUUUUUUCCUGCUGUUUACUGAUAGCUCUGAUAAUCUAUAAAAACAAAGAUAUGUUAAACUUGUAUCUACUUUUCUUCUGGUACACCUUACAAGUAGUAUAUGUUAUUUGGUUGUGGAUAAAUGACUUCAUAGCUAAAACAUAUUUUCCAAUUGUAUAAGAAUUCUGUUAUUAAGCUAAUUAAAACUAUGUUAAUACCAGUUUAUUGAAGAAACUGAAGCUUUUCACUCUGCGUCACUAUGUCCUUUAGGUUAAGUGGCUGUUUUUAACUAAAAAGAGACGAUGCAAAAUAGGUAAAUGUCACAUCUCCAUUUUCAAUAGGCUAUAUUUAUAACAGGAUUAUUUGUAUUCUCUUACGAAUUUAUAUAUUGGCAAAAUAUGUCACUGUAAUAUUCUUUCAAAUGAACUUCCAUUUUUCUCUAUUUUCCUUUGCCUUACAAAGGUCUACAGUGAAAUAUUAUCCCUAAAUUUAAGUCAGUCAUCUCUAUUAUUUUCCUAGCUUUGAUUCUUUAUACUGUAUAAGCUGUUCAUCUGUGACAUAUUCUCUGUCUUUCAGUACUGAAGAAGGGUCAGAAACUUGACAUGUUAACCCUACAUUCUUGCUUAACUUGCUAAAUAUUUACAGUAUUUUCUGCUUUCACCUCCAUUAUUCUAAAAUGUACAGGCUGCUGAGUCCAGUGGGAGAUGAAUCUUUUGGAGGUGAAUUCUGUUGAUUGGAUUUACAAUGAACCCAGCUCUUGCAAAAGAAGCAAUCCCAACAGAGACAUGGCUUCUACUUUAAUAAAUAUAUAUUUAUAUACUGAUAAAUAUAUAUAUACUGA